CAGAGCCUUUAACCCUUCUUUUCUUCGCGUGAAUUCUCUCUCUCUCUCUCGUGUCAAAAAGAAAGAAAUACCAAGGUUAUGUAUUCCAUACAAAGAAAUGUAUUUCUUGUUUAAAUUCGCGGUUAUUUAUUACUGCUUCGUUGCACCGAAGUCUGAAUCAGUUUGUCACUUGCUGAUUAAGAGAGUCAUGCUGUCCACGUCCUGAGAGGCUCGACCUGUGAUUCUCACCUGCCCGGCGGAAAAGUCCCACACUGAAAAGCCAGCCAGUCCAAACGUCCUGCCCGGGGCUGUGGUGGACGCCCCCGGCAGGGAGGAGGGUUUCACCUCGACAGCCACCGCGUCGCCCUGGCGAUGAGAGGAAGACACGCGAAACAUGGCGGCGACUCUGAGCGGCGAGUUUGCAGACUUGGCGCAAAUCAAAAAGCAGCUAAUUUCAGUUAUAGCCCAGUGUAAGGAGAGAGGGCUCGUCCACAGUGUGAAGUGGGCUUCGGAGUUGGCCUUCUCACUGCCUUCCCUUCCUCUGGACGAGGUUCCCCCGGCUCUCCCGCUCACUGAGGAGGAUGCUCUGGAUCUGGACGCCCUCUGCUUGGCCAAGUCGUAUUUCGACCUGAAGGAGUACGACCGGGCUGCCUACUUCCUACGGGGCUGUCGCAGUCAGAAAGCUUACUUCCUGUACAUGUACUCACGAUACCUGUCAGGAGAGAAAAAGAAGGAUGACGAGACUGUUGACAGCCUGGGUCCUCUGGAGAAGGGCCAGGUCCGCAAUGAGGCACUGCGGGAGCUGCGGGUGGAGCUCAGUAAGAAGCACAGCGCCGGAGAGCUAGACGGAUUCGCCCUUUACCUGUAUGGGGUGGUUCUGCGGAAGCUGGACUUGCUGAAGGAGGCGGUGAACAUCUUUGUAGCUGCCACACAUGCGCUUCCUCUCCACUGGGGGGCAUGGUUGGAACUGUGUAACCUGAUCACCAACACUGAAAUGCUGAAGUCUCUGUCCCUUCCGGACUGCUGGGUGAGGGACUUCUUCAUGGCACACGUGUACACAGAGCUGCAGAUGAUUAAAGAGGCUCUGCAGAAGUACCAGAGUCUCACAGAGGCCGGCCUCACCAAGAGCACCUACAUCAUCUCGCAGAUCGCUGUGGCCUACCAUAAUAUACGAGAUAUUGACCAGGCCUUAGGUUUGUUCAACGAACUUCGGGAGCAAGACCCUUUUCGCAUUGAGAACAUGGACACCUUCUCCAAUCUUCUGUAUGUCAGGAGCAUGAAGCCAGAGCUCAGUUACUUGGCUCAUAAUCUAGUAGAGAUCGACAAGUACAGAGUGGAGACAUGCUGUGUGAUUGGGAACUACUACAGCCUGCGCUCGCAGCACGAGAAGGCGGCGCUGUACUUCCAGCGGGCGCUGAAGCUGAACCCCCGAUGCCUGGGUGCCUGGACCCUCAUGGGCCACGAGUACAUGGAGAUGAAAAACACCUCGGCCGCCAUCCAGGCCUACAGACACGCCAUUGAGGUGAACAAGCGAGACUAUCGAGCCUGGUAUGGACUUGGACAAACCUAUGAGAUCCUCAAAAUGCCCUUCUACUCACUCUACUACUACAGGAAAGCCCACCAGCUCAGACCGAACGACUCGCGUAUGCUGGUGGCCCUGGGGGAGUGCUAUGAAAAGCUCUCUCAACAAAUCGAAGCCAAGAAGUGUUACUGGCGAGCAUACUCAGUAGGGGAUGUGGAGAGAAUGGCUCUUCUUAAACUGGCGAAGCUUCAUGAGCAGUUGAAUGAGUCAGAUGAUGCUGCCCAGUGUUAUAUUAUCUACAUCCAAGACAUCUUCUCCUGUGGGGAGCAGCUGGAGCAUGCUGAAGUGAGCACAGCCCUGCGCUACCUGGGUCAGUACUACUUCAAAAACAAACUGUACGAUGAGGCCUCGCUGUGCGCUCAGCGCUGCUGUGACUACAACGAUGCGCGUGAGGAGGGGAAGGCCCUGCUGAGGCAGAUCUCAGCCGUGCGGGAGCAGGGAGAGUCGUCUUCCACAGACCUGUCCCUACCCAUUGUCUUCAACCCCCUCUCCAACACCACGACACCUGUCAGAAGAGUGGCUCCUCUGGACCUGUCCUCCGUCACACCCUAACGCUGGACUAGUGUGGGGUUUUGGUUUUUUUUUGGUUUGGGGUUUUUUGAGUUGUGUUUUUUGUUUUUUUUGCUUGUUUUUUAAAAAAAAU